AUGGAAUCAGGGCGCAACGUGCCGGCCAAGGAUGGUUCAAGUGGGCAGCAAAAGACGGGGCGCAAUAGGGCGCUUGAGCGAUCAUUUUCCACCCCCAGACGUGCAUCAGCUGGGGCGAUUCAACAGCAGCCGCCUUUGCCGCAGCAGUCGAGCAGGAGUUCCAAUGUGGCGCCGACGGCGAUGCACACGGUCAUGGGUCUGACCAUACCCACGAGGCCGGUCUUCAUGGAGGAUCGACUCACCCACGAGGACGAUGCUACAAAGCUAACAGCCUUCCCCACUCCGGGAGACCCUCGACGACGACCUCUGGUGCAAUUCGACUGGGACGGGUCAGAGAAUGUCGACGAGAAACGGGCAGCCAGGUCGAGGAGGAGGAAGGGAGCGGCCGCAAGCCGUGGGUACCGCGGGAUAUCGGAGGGAGUUGCUCGGGAGGGAGGCGGUGGCGGCGGUGUGCCUGGAGUGAUCACGCUCAACCCUAAGAUGCACUGGAUGCCCGACAGGAUGUGCAGGGUCUGCUACGGGUGCAAUAGCCCCUUCACGAUGUUCAGGCGCCGCCACCACUGCCGAGUGUGCGGACAGAUCUUCUGCCACACGUGCAGCUCUAACCACGUGGACGCUCGGGCACUCGGAAUUAACGCAUCCGUCCGCAUGUGCAACCCAUGUGCCGAGCAGCUGCCGGACUCGAGGCUGCGGAGACUUGAAGCUGGACCUCUACCAGACCGAGAAGCUAAGGACACGGCGGGUAACCCACGGCGGUCAUCAUCCAAGCGCCGAAGAAGCCCGCUGGACAACAGGGCGGCAGGCGGCGUAUCUCCCGUGGGCGUCUCCAGCGGUGGACAGUCGAAGCGGGAGCGCGGCACCCCGCCUCCCUACACCCGAGCUCCCCCGGAGAAGACUCCCACCGCCGCCGCGGCCGCUGCAGAAGCUCUCGCCAACGCCGUGAGAAAGUCCGCGAUAGCGGCGGAGGAGGCGCGGGGGGACGGGGUUGGGGGCGGGGGCGGGAGUGGGGGUGCGUUCGCGGCGAAAAAGUUCAAGGGGUUCAUGGAGUCGUUGAUGGGGAACGUGGAACGGCCGGAGGAGACGGAGAUGGCAAGGUUUGCCCUGGAGCGGGUGGCGGUCGCUCACUUGGAGCGCAUGGUUAGGCAACUGGUGGCGGCGAGUGGGGGUAUUGAGCCGUCGAGGCAGGCGGAAUGGAGCAGGAUCGUAGCCUCCCUCGUCCAGCAGGCGGUGAGUACCGUCGACCCGAACGUGAAAGAAGGCGACUUUCUCGACAUCCGUCCUUACGUGAAGAUGAAGCUCAUUCCCGGGGGGCACCGUGAUGAGUGCCGAUACGUUGACGGCAUCGUCUUCCGAAAAAACGUUACGCACAAGACCAUGCCAAGGGUAAUCGAGCGUCCGCGUCUGCUGGUGUUGUCUGGAGGGAUCGAGUUCCAGCGCAGCGAGCGGAUGAUCGCUUGCCUCGAUACGCUAGUCGAGGCAGAGAAACGGUACAUCGAGAUCCUGGUAGACAAAAUCGUAGCUCUCCGGCCCCACCUCCUCCUGGUGAGCAAGACUGUUAGCGGCCUUGCCCAAGACCUCCUCCGACAACAUGGAGUCACACUCGUGCAAAACGUCAAGCCUAGCAUGAUGAACAGGAUCGCACGAGUGGUCGGGGCUAAGAUCCUGCCCUCCGUGGACCACAUCACACGGAUCGCGGCGGCGGCGGCGGCGGCGGCGGGCAAGGACGCAUUGGCGGCGGUUGCUCGCGAAGAGAUGGGCUCGUGCGGGAGGUUCCGCGUGGUGACCUUCGCUUCUCCGAGCUUAGAGCAGAGCAUGAAACAGGAGAAGGCCGCCGGGGGGCAGCAAGGCACGACCAGCAAUGACGCAGCGCGGGCGGCUCGUGCGGAGGACGGCGGUGGCGGAGCCGGCGCGGCCGCGCCGGAAGCUGCGGCGGACGUGAUAGCGGAAGGGGGCUUCGUGCAAGGCGGGGGGAUCGAGGGGGCUUGGGGGCCAAAGACGUGGGUGCCCCCGGAGUUCCGUCGUACGAGGGGGCGUGGGGGGGUCACGUACGUCCUGCUUGAGGGCUGCCACAGACGCCUGGGGUGCACGUUGGUGCUGAGGGGCGGCGACACCGCCGAGCUGAAGGCCGUGAAGCGAGUCGUCUGGCUAGCGGUGAAGGUGGCCUACAACCUCCGCCUCGAGGUGUCCUACCUCAACGACAGGCGUGCGUGCCUGGUGCCGUCCCUCCUCCCCUUCUCCUGCUCCCCGGCCUCUUCAAACUCGGUGGCCGCGGCCGCCGCCUUCUCCGCGGCCCUGGCCGGAGUCCCGUCUUCGGCAGCGGAAACGGCGUCAGCGGAGAAAGACGGCGACAGCCGUGAUGCUGCUGGUGGUACUAGUGCCGCUGCGACAGCUCCCGGUGCCGCGGGAGACGAACGGAGCGCAGCGGCGGUGGAAGGGGGUAACGCGCGAGGCCUGCCGGCGGGAGGGCAUCAUCAUCCCGAGACCGCGGCCAAGGCGACGGUGUCCGCCACGGACGGCGUUGACGGGGGCCACGGGGGGGGGGGUAGCGGCGGUCGGGGGUACGUGUACGGCGCGGAGCACUUCGCGUACCAGACCCAGAACAUGAUGAUCACGAGCCUGUGGAUGACGCAGGGGACUCAAUGCUGCAACGCCGACCUCAAGUUCUUCCGGUACUACAAGCACAAGCACGACACGGCUCUAGGCAAGUUCUUGGUAGACAACUGCUUCAACCCCAACCUCAAGUGCCAGAACGUGAACUGCAAGCGCAGCGCCCGCGACCACGUGCUGAGCUUCGUCCACAACCAUGGCCGUGUGGACAUAACCGUGGGCUGGCUCAAGUUCGAUCUCGCCGCCGCCGCGCACGCCUCGGCUGCCGCAGAAGACGUAGCGAGAGGCGGAUCGUGCGAAGAUCAAGACGACGACGACGACGAUGACGACGACACCACCUCGUGGCCCGAGAGCGACACGGCCUGGGGCUCCUCCUCCGACCAGUCCGACCUCGACACCGACGCCAGCGGCGUUAUCCUUCACGAGGGUGACCGCGUCUGGGGUGCCGCCGGCUACUUGCCAAAGUGGGGCCCUGGCGCCGGGUUCACCUCCCCUACGCUUGACGGAAGUGUCCGGGGCUUCCAUGCCGGCGGCGGCGGCGGCGGCGGCGGCCGCGGCGGGUUGAGGCGGAGUCGGGAUUCUGCGGCUAGCAGCGUCGGCACGGUGGCGUCGUUGAACCCGUCGGUGUUCUCAGUUGGCAGCGGGGGGGGGCUGCGGCUGCGCAGGGAUCCGGGUUGGGUGGGUGGGGGCGGGGACAGCGUGUACAGCAGCGCUUCGACGGUGUCGAGGAGAACGCGGAGACGUGGGUCUGUGUCGAACGUGCCGGAGGAGUCUACGGCUACCGGAGGCGACUCAUCGGCGUCGGCGUCGAGUGCCGCGGCGGGGGACGGCGGCAGCGGUGGUGGCGGUGGCGGUGGCGGUGGCGGUGACCCGAGCAUAUACAUGUGGAGCGCGUGCAAGAAGUGCGGCAAGCUGACGACGCCGCUGGUGCCCAUGUCGGAGGAUACGUGGAAGUUCUCGCUCGGAAAGUUCCUCGAGGUCACGUACUACAACCGAUCGGCGAGGGCGAGGGGGGCCGCGGGCCUCGGCUGCGGGCACCGCCUCCUCCAGGACCACGUGCUCAUGUUCGGCAGCGGCAAGCUCGUAGCGCGGUUCGACUACGGGGAGGUGCACCCCUACGACGUCUUCAUCCGGCGGUCGCUACCGCUAGAGCCGCGCUUCCACACGCAGGCGCUCGACGCCCUCCUGAGGGGAGUGGCCAUCGAGACCUCGGAGCUAUUCCGGCAGUUCGACAACGGCCUCGCCAAGAUCCUCGGUAUCGCGGAGGAGCCUCAACUUCAAAACCUUGAAGGACUGGAUAACGUGGUGCAGGAAGCUUCGGAGGUGCGCAUGGAGCUAGCGGCCAUGGGGUCAGAGCUUCUGGAGAAGAUGGCGAGGUGCCCGCACGUCAUGUCCCGCCUCCCGGCGGCGGCGAUGGCGACCCAGGUUUUCCAGACAGCCUUGCAGGCUUUACUAGCCCCCCCUACCCGGAACGAUGCCCUCGAGGAGGAGCAACAGCAACAACAGCAGCAACAACAACCACCACCUGCGGGGUUGGGACAAGCUACCGCGGCCCGGCGGCACACCGUAGCCGUCACCGAGACGCUUCGGCCUUCUUCCCCGCCCCCGACCGGCACCGUUGCGGCGGCGGCAUCGUCGCCGCUCCCGGGAGGUGCCGCCGAGCCUAGCUCCAAGCCCACCCCCGCUGCUGCCGCAGAGCCGGCGAACAACCAAGGGUCGGAGCAAGCGGAGGCCGUUCUUGUUGUCGCCGAGAAGGACGCUCUUGCUUCCGCGCCGAAGGGUGAUGACUACGAGAGGACGCCGGCGUCGGCGUCGGCGGCGGGCGCACAGGGGACGGCCGCUGCCGGGGGCUCUGAAUCGACGGGGUCUGCCCCGAAAAGGGGUGCCGGCGAUGGUGGCGGCGGCGGCGGUGGCGGCGGCAGCGGAAGCGGGAUAGAGAUUGGGCGCGGAGAGCAGCCGUUGCCUGAGGCUGUGCCGGCGGCAAGAUCGAUCCCGGCGGAGCAGCCUUCCGCCGCCGUUGCUACCGAUACAGGAGCCCCGGGCGGUGGCCGUAGCAGUGAGUCCGUGGGGCCGUCGUCACUGGCCCGUUCUUCUUCUGCGGCGGCGAGCUCGGCAUCGGUCCCCGAUACGGCCAGCCGUGCGGUCAGCGGUGUCGGCGGCGGCGGCGGCUCUUCUUCUUCUCCUCCCUUGGGCUUUGACGACAACACGGUAGCACCCGCGGCGCCAGCGAUGUUGAUGUCUGUGUCGACGUCGACGUCCGUUUCUGAUGCCGAUGGAGCGGCCGCGCCAGCAGCAACAGCUGGCGUGACGCCGUCGCCGGCGGGCGCAGAAGCGGCGAGCGGCGGCGGCGGCGGUGCCGUAGACGAAGGGCGACAGCCGAGGAAGACCGGAGGCGAAGACGGGCACAACGGCGGCGACGCUGGGGCUACUUCGGCGGUAGCCGCGGCCUCGGUCGCUGCCGCUGCCUCCCCCGCCGCGGCUGCACCGGUAGCAGCAGCGGCUGCGGCGGCAGCGGCGGCUGCGGCGGCUGCGGCGGCAGUUGCUACCGCGCCGGCGGCGGCGGCAAGCAGCGUGACUCCGUUGUGGGGGGUAGGCAGGGGUGGGAGGGUGCCGGGCGCGAGCGAUAUGCUCAUUUACCUGACGCAGUUCAGAAGAGGCGUGUACUGGAAGGCUACCCACUGGAACGACAGGUUGGUCGCCGCUGGACAGCUCUUGACGGCUCUGAAGAAGGUGUCAGAGAGGAGGAUCUCGCGAUCUCGCUCCGGGCGGGGCGGCGGCAGCAACGCCCGUCACACGGAGGAGCAGCACAUCCAGAAGGCCGUCCGGAACCUACAGGACGUGAAGGAGGGUGCUCGGACUACAGAAGCGGACUUUGUCGACGAGCUCAACUUCGUGGACGUAGAACACACGAUGGAUGCGAUGCUCGAUCACGUAGAGCUGACUUGCGAGGUCUCCUUCUCCUUGGAUGGCAUCAUCGACAGGGUAGAAGAACACUACGAGGUGUUCUGUGCCGUGGAAAACCUCCUGGACGGCGUCGACCGCCGCGCGGAAGUGGAAGGCCUCCUCGACGACCUGGUAGGCGCCGCGGAAGACCGCAUCGCCGUGGAAAAGGCCGCCGCUGCCGCCGCCGCGGAAGAGAUCGCCGCCACCACGCGCCGCCCGGUGAGCGAGCUCCGCAUGCUCUUCGCCAAGAACGACUCGGGGACGUCGGCGCCGCUCUCGGGCGUCGCCGCCACCGCCGGCGGUGGAAGGCCGGGCGGCAAGGCCGCCGGCAAGAUUAGCCCCAAGAACUCCAUGCGGCGAGCGGCGUCUGCGGCCGGCGGCUUGGUCAGCGGCAAGGGGGGGGCAUCUUCUGGAACCGCUUUCGGUCGCACGGCUCGCGCGAGCCCCAGCAGCAGGAAAGCAGCGGCGGGAGCCUCAGCAGGAGAAUCCGCGGCGGCGGCGGCGGGGAGAGUCUCCCCCGCCGGAAAGGUUACCGGAGCGGCGGGAAGGCCGUGGGACGGCGGGAGGUCGAAGUGGGCGAACAUGCACCCGGCAGGGGACGGCAGGAGGUCCCCGCGCCGGAGCUCAGACCCUACGGGGAGCGGCAAGCUCAAGUUCGCGGGGCCCAGGGCAGGCGGCGGGGUGGACGCGACGCUUGUCGACGGGCUGUCGGAGGCGACCCGCCGGCGGCUGCGGGGGGAAGGGAGCAGCGGUCCCUUGAGCCCGAGGCUGAGCGUGGCGGUGGCUGAUUCUGAGACUCUCAAGGAACGCGCUGCCGAAGAAGCCAUCGCCGCCGCGGCGGCGCCGAAGAAGGCGCAGCGGGACCUCCAGAACCGGCUUGAGCCACCGCUGUCGUCGUCCACAGAAGAAGCUGCUGCUACCACUGCCUUAGGCGGCGGCGGUGCCCUCAGCGGGGCUACGCUCUCGGGGAAGGCCAUCGAGGAGGCGACGAUGGCGUUCGUGCUGAAGGAAGGGGAGAAUUGGAAGAGCGGUGGCGGCGGCAGUAACGCGGCCGAAGGCGAUGGUGCUUCUCCCGCCGCUACCGCUGCAGCGGUGGUCACGGGCGUCGGAGGAGGAGGAGGAGGGCGUGUGCCGCCGCCCGGGGGCCCCGCGGAUGGCAAGGAAGCGGGGGGAGGGGUCGCGACCAGCCGGCGGUCGUCGCGCGCCAACAGCUUCGACUCCGUGGGUGAUGUUGUGGUGGUUGGUGGGCUGGCGCUUGGGAAUCACCGUGGGUUCCCGGGGGAGGAUUGGAGCCAGUCGCAGCCGGGCACGCCGCCUGUUUUGUUGCAGACGCCCGGGCGAGGAUCGUUCGACGACGGUAAGGGUUUAGUCCCCGGCAACCUAGCUGCGGCCGCGGCCGUCGUUGCGGCAGCCGGGGGCGGAGGAGGGGACGCAAAGGCCGGGAGCAUCGCGGCCCCGCGAAUGGGCGGGCGUAAGGGAUCGUUCGACAAGAGUUCUCCAACUCGCGCCGCUGUUGGGCGCAAGACGCUGCCCCCGACUGCGGCCACCGGCAGCGGCGGCGGCGGAGGAGGCGGGGGCGGUAGUGGCCAGGCCAAGAGCACCAAGGCCAAGAAGUCAUCAACGACGUUCCCCUCGAAGAUGAACAUCCAGAAUGCCCUGGCGAGGUUCCUCGGGGGAGGUGGCAACUGGGGUGGGGACCGGCAGGACUGGAUGGUGCCGCUCGGUCCGUUCGCCGAGGGGCGUCCCCGCCUUCCCCCCGGCCGGCGGGGGGAGUUCAUCCCUGUCUUCGACGACCAGCCGACCACCAUCAUCGCCUACAGCCUGAGCUCGCAAGAGUACCACGAUACUCUGGACGCGUUCUACCGCCACAGGGGGGCGACGGGCAUGCCUAGCGCCAGCGGCCCUUCCGCCGCGGACACCCAAGAGGACCGCUCGAUUAGCUCUCCAGGCGACGCUGCGGCGUCUACAACACCAGCAGCAGCAACAACAACGUCGUCAGCCCCCGCCGUCGGCAGCAACGCCGCGUUGGCCGCGGCCGUCUCCGGGGCUAGCGCGGGCGCCGGCGGCGGUGGCGGCGGCGGAAAGGGGUUGUCCUCGUUGCCCGGUAGCCCGCUGUCGCGGGCCCUUAGCAUCGACGGCAGCCGUCAUGGGGUUAGCAGCAACAACAACCUUCCGGCGCUCUCCAUCGCUGGAGACUCCGGAGAAGACCCUGUCGCUCGCAGUGGCGGGCUAGGGGGAAGCGCAAGCAGCGCCCGCGGCACCACCGUUGUUACGGGCGGAGCCGGCGGAGUCGGCGGCAACGCGGCGGGGAGCGGGACACCCGCCGCCACCGCCGGUAGCAAGGCUGUCGAGGAGACCUGGUGGGUGAUGCACGAGGUCACCACGCCGUCUACCAGCGUCCAGCCUGGUCUGCCCUCCGCAGCAGCGGCCGGCGCUUCGGCCGGGGUCAAGGGCGCGGCUGCUGCUUCGAGCACAGGCGGGAGGGGCGGCGGGGACGCACCGCCGCCGCCCGGCGGCGGCGGAGGCGGAGGCGGCGGAGGCGGGGACCCUUCUCCACGUAGGUCUCACCGCAAGAAGCUGUCUUCCGAUGUCGUCGAGGCGGAUCUGGCGGCGGCGGUGGACGGGGGAGCCGAGGACGGGGUUUCCCCUCCGCCGCCUGGAGGAGGCGUGAACCACGGCAAGGGCCUGGGGAAGCGGCCGCUCUACGAGAGUUUCGACGUGUCCAAGCUGGAGGCCCAGAUGCGUUCAUCAGCCAAGUCGCACGUGAAGCAUCGCUUUUCGGACACGGAUGCGAAGAGCAACCCCACCUGCAAGUUCUUGUGCCACAGCUUCUGGGCAACGCAGUUCAGGGCUGUCCGGCGUUGCUACUUCGCGGAGCAGAGAGGGGCUGGAGGCCCAGCAUCCCCUGACCUAGACGGCGAGGAGGUGUUCGACGAGCUGGAGCAGGGCUACAUCCGAAGCCUGUGCAUGACCACAAAGUGGGACGCUAAGGGAGGCAAGAGCGGCGCGACCUUCAGCAAGACCGCGGACGAGCGGUUCGUGGUAAAGUACAUAACCAAGACGGAGCUGCAGAUGUUCCUGGACUGUGCCCUGCACUACUUCGAGUACAUGUCCAAGGCCUUCUUCCACAAGCUCCCCACAGUCCUGUGCAAGAUCGUAGGCGUGUAUCAGAUCGGCUACCACAACAAGGUCACCGGCAAACGCCAGAUGGAUCAGGUGGUUGUGAUGCAGAACAUCUUUUACCAGCGCAACAUCAGCCUGGUGUUCGACCUCAAGGGCUCUACCCGCAGCCGUUACGUACGUCCCGAUGCCCCCGAUGCUAGCACGAGCGCGUCACGCAGCACUUCCACAGCGUCGGCCACCGCCCCGGCAGCAGCUGCGGCAAUUGCCAACGCCGCGGCUGCCGCAGCCGCCACCGCUACCGGAGACGCCAUCGCCGAAGCGGCUGGCGGUGCUGUCGCUGCCGCUGCCGCUGCUGCUGCUGCGGCAGGGAAACAGGCGGCUGCUUCAAAGCCGACCAUCGCUGCCUCUGCUCCUCCUGGCGACGGCGGUGGCGGUGCAGGGGGCGGAUCAGGAGCGCCGGCAGCCGGGGAGGAUAACGCGGAUGGAGAGGCGGGCGAGGGUGGUUCCUCGGCGUCGGCUGCGGCACCGGCGGGCGCCGCGGCCAAGCGCGUCCAGGUGUUGCUCGACGAGAACUUCAUGGAGUACACCGAGGGACAGCCGCUGCCCAUGCAAGACCUCGGGAAGGCGGUCUUCCAUACCGCCAUCCUCAACGACACGCUGUUCCUCAACAUCGUCAACAUCGUCGACUACAGCAUAGUUGUCGGGCUAGACGAGGAACGCCGUGAGCUGGUGGUGGGCAUCAUCGACUACAUGAGGCAGUACGACAUCAUCAAGCGCAUGGAAAGGAUGGGCAAGAGCGUGAGCAUGAUCGCCGGCCAGGCAGAGCCCACCAUCGUGCAGCCUUCCCUGUACAAGACACGCUUCCAGCAGGCGAUGGACCGGUACUUUAUGACCGUGCCGGACAAGUGGACGGGCUUCGCGAUGAGCAGCUCGGUGCCCAACUUCGGCGGCGUAGAUCUCGACCAACCCCGUUGAGACGGCCGGGUCUCAGUCCGAUUUUUGACCAAAGAUAAUUCCAAUGGCUCGACGGCAACGGUCUCGUUCGUAUGUAGGUAGACGGCCGUUCCAGUUUUGCUCCUCGUUCCCUCUCAUCUCAAGCGCGGUAAGCUUCGUAUCUCAUCUCGGUGGAGGUUACGGUACUCCCCGGUCUUCCAUCGUUACCGACAAGCUGUGCUUUCCCGUGCUGAACACGUUGGGUUUGGCCACACACCCGAUGAAAAAUGUGGUGUGUGGAUGUGGAUAUGUUCUCCCCGAGCUCACCAAAUAUGGUUUCUGUUGUUGCGUCCCCCUUGAAUGUACGAGGCUGGUCGAAACGGUCUGCAGGCCGUGGUAGUUUCUAUCAUGGUGCGUGUAGUUCGUGUGUGCUGGAAGGGUGUCUGCGCGGCUUUUGGGGGUGGGGUAUCAAGCCCACCGCGCGCUUAUCCGGCCCCUAGGUUCGUUUCCAUCCCGACUUACUUGUGUAUUGUCGAUGCCCUGUGCGUGCCGUACUGUUUGAGUCGGAGCGGAAUGCCGCGAGUACUGCUCGUGUUUGCUUGCGCCUGUUGAUGGAGUUGCUGUGAAAACACAAGAGCACUUUUAUGUACUCUGCCUGGCAUUGUUUUUGAGGGCGAUGGCGUUGGUUUGAUACAGAUAUGACCAGAGAGACGGGUGCUAACAUGACACGCUAGAGGCUACGGCGACAGCCGCCCGCACCGUUAUCGAUAACGCUUGUUCAGGGCAUCAAAUGGUGCAUUCGGUGCCACUAUAGCUGCCACAAUCUGUAGACUGGGGCCAGGCAACGAUGUUUCCGCCCGCUCAGUAGUUCGCCAUUACCACUGCUGAUAGGUCUCCACCGUCCUCCUCUUACACAACAAAUCAGCUUACCUUGAAUGUCGUUGUUGUUUUGGUAGAGCCAACCCCUGGCGAAAGAGAUCAUUGACGCUAGACCGAAACCACACGCGAACGUCACCGUCUUCGUUUUGACUGGGUGGGGUCGUAGGCGGCGAAGAACGGCAAGGCAAAGACAGGUGACUGAAAAUGGGGGGGGAAAAUGAGACCGUGCACAGCUUCGUGUCUGCAAUGUAGUCGAAUCAAAGUCAUUCGCCCUUUCGGCCUGUCGCGCGAGAGAACCCAAGACCCAACCGAAGAAUGUGUAAGUCGGCGUGUCUUCGUGCCCUGGAGUGGAUGAGUUUUUAUUUCAGUGUCACCUGGGGGAAUAUGUGACAGCUCGAGAACGACUACCCUCUACACUCACUCCCUUGAGAGAGCAAGAUUGGGACAGGUUUUGUGUCGUUUACACCAACCUCUCGCUGUAUCUGACCAUGUACCCACUUGGGAUGUUCGAAGCGAUUUGGACUGACUCUUCAUGGGUGCCGUACCUCUCGGCGAAUCAUUGUCGUUGCCGUGAUGGUUCACUAGAGUUUAUGGUAGUGUCGGAUGGCCGUAUGCUUCGGGCUGAGACGUAGUUGCGAGCCUCUAUCGUUUGCAACAGGUGGGUAUUGUCAAGGUGCAAGAGUGGAUCGGGUUGGAUCAUAGCUUUGGCCCCGAAGGAAGGCAUCAGUCUGCUGCCGUAGCGUCGUAGCGACGGAGGUAUCCGCACCAUGCUCUUGGUACAUGUGAUACAUGGAAAGUACGUAGAAAGUGAAAAGUCGGAGUUUAAUUUCGUUGCCUGCACUAGCUGGGAACCACGAGUGCUCGAGGUUAAUAUCUCCAGCAACUGGAGCC